UGACAGAAUUUCGACCUGGAUUUGGAUCAAAUCCCGAGAGAAAAUGUAGCCUGUGAGUCAUUAAGGAUAUGAAUUAUCAUAAUGGGAUCUGAAGAUGACCAAGAAAGCUACAAGCCAUACUGUUGUUUGGUUAAUUGUGUGAACCGGAGAGUAGGGUGAAGAAAUGCUGUCCGAAACUGACAACAGGGACGGGGAAAAAUGGGACAAGCUGAAAAAAUGGGGCAGCGUUCAGGAGGAGAUAAUCCAGAAACUACAGGCACCCGAAAAAAUGGACCAGAGCCUCGCUUUAAAUCACGGUCCACAGUUGUACCAUACCAUGCGACAUCCGGGGAUUAUCAAAUGUAUGACACAUUUUCCGUCAAGCAGUGGGGACAUAUUUAUUACGCACUAUCGCUGCGGUACGACAGACCAGUUAAGUGUCUGGACUAUGGACUCCAACGAAAGAGACGCAUCUGUCACUCAACAAAGAUAUGAAAUUCACAGUGAGCUGACGUCUCUGAUGUAUGUCAAUAAACAUCGGGUGUAUCUUGGCUUUUCAUCCAAAAUGGAGCUGCAUGUUUUCACGGACGCCAGUAGUCAAUGUCAGGAGAAAGGCUUUGUUUCCUUUUCUUCAACCAUCCUUAGCAUGGCAUAUAACAGAGAGGCAGAUGAGGUGUACAUUGGAGGAAUCGGCACACUGGAGCAGUGGAAGGUCACAGGAUCAGAGCAUGCUGCCACAUUGAGUCGAGUGUUAAAGUAUGAAACUGACAUAGGUCCAGAUGAGUGGGUGAUUGACAUCAAGGUGGACACGAGGAACACACAGUUACUGAUUCUGACUUACCACAACAUAUUUGUCAUCAACUACGAGACGCUGAAACAAACUCACCACUUACAGAAUAGACACGAGGGAUCACUGAAAUGUUGUUCGUUCUACAAACAGAGAGAGUAUUUCAUCACGGGUGGAGGAGAUGGUGCAGUAAAGGUGUGGAAUGCUGUUGUGUUUACACAGGUGCAUGCCUUUUAUGGUCACAAUGCUGCCGUCACAGAUCUAGCUGUCCAUAAGAGGGAACCCCUAUUGUUUUCCUGUUCAUUAGACGGAAGUGUUCAGAUUUGGCGGAUGGACAACUUUUCUAAUUUUAUGCGGUUUGACUUGUCAGAGAAAAUAUAUCACCUGAAGCUUCUCUCAGACGAACAGUUCUGCUGUCAGACGGAGAUGGAGAUAAAAGUUUUUGGUCUAAAUCAGUUUUAUAACCUGUUUGCCCCGGUGGAGUCGACGGUAGAGAACCUUUGUCUGUGUCCUGGGAAACGUAGUAAUGGAUUGGCCAACCGGAUUAUAGCUUCCACUGAGGAUGGCUCAGUCCGCCUAUUCUCACCUGUCACCGGAGUGGCCUUGACCUUAAUUUAUCCCAUGCCAUCCUUCCAGAUUCUGACAAGUUUUGCAUACAACAGAGAAAAAGAUAGACUGCACACUGUUUUAGAAAAUGGAGAAGUGAUCGUGUUUAACUGUCGUACCAACCCGUGUAAGGCGGUGGAGGUGUGGCAGUCUGGGUACGUCGACGAGAGAAUCACACAGAUGUUACAGGUGGAGUUGAGUUACACCGGUCAGAACGGUCUGCAAAUGACGGACAUCGUCAUAUUCGGUGGGCAGGUGAAUGGUCAGGUGUCGCUAUUGGAUGCAACAGUUUGUGAAAUGGUGCGCAGUGUGCAAACGCACAGAGGUAUGAUUACAUGUAUGGAGAGCGUCACAGAGAUAGACCCCACAGGAUAUCAGAUGUCAGAGACCAACAAAACUAUCGUCACAGGUGGAAAUGAUAAUCUUGUGAAGCUUUGGAAAAUUAAGGUAUCUUCAGGCAGAAGAAGCGACUACAUCACGCUAGAACCUAUCCUAGAGAUUCCCUGUGAAAGUGUUCCUGAUCAUAUCAGCAUGUACGAAAACACCCUGAGUGUGGCUAUCAUCACAAGUAACCACAAAGGAAAGCUAGUGAUGUACCGAGUGGAAGGUAGUGACACCGAUACACCCCAGUAUACACAGCUGGAACAUGCCGAGGAUGACGACCAUGAUAAAAAGAUCACAGCCCUAGACAAAUGUCCUCUACUUGGUCUGUUUGCUUCCUGUUCAGAAGAUGCCUUCAUCAAGAUCUGGAACCGCCACAAUCAGCUGAUCAGGGAGAUGGUGUUUGGUGAACCACUGUAUGCUCUGUGCUUUGCCAAUGUACGGGGAGAUCUCUUGUUUGGCUUCCAGAAUCAUGUUUGUUCCAUUCCCCUGACAAGUUAUUUCCCACAGAACUACCUUGAGAGAAUUGCACUACUUGAUUUCCUGGAUGACCUGAGGGAAGAUGCUGUUGUAUACAAUAGUGUAGUCAAACCAUGGUUUGACCCUCAACAGUUGCCUAGAUACAGCACCACUCUUUCCCAGAGAGUUCAGGAACAAACCAAAAAAGACAAGACUGCAAAACAGUUGGCGAUUACAGACUUGGAGGCUCUACCUGAAGAUACCUCCAAACAGGUUGAAGGUCAAUCAGAAAAAGAAAACGAAGAAAACAAACAAGAUGCAGACAGAAUUGAAGAAAAUAUUGAUGUAGAUGAAAAGUUAAAGGAGGAUGUGAGAGCUGAAGAUGAUUUAGAUGGAGAUUUUGAAUUUAGUGCCGAAGUUGAAAUAGGAUCCCCAUUUGAAAAACCUUUGUCUAGAGUUUGCCAAUCACAGAGGAGUAUGGUGUCACGUGACAAAGCUGGGAGUCGUGGGGACAGAAAACGAAACCUCAGUGACGGGAUUAGCCCGAAUAACCUGGAUGAGCUGUUACCAUGGGAACGAGAGCUGCUGAAGCGACGCUCCAACAUCAUUCCGAAAGAUGGGUACAUUCCCAACUCUGUCAUCAGGAAGAACCUAGCUUUCGUCCGACCAGUCACUCCAACAUUUCGGAAAAAGGAUAUAUGGACACUCAAACCGGUGCCUGAGCCCGACCCACGCCACAUGCCGUCGGGAUGGGGCGGAAGACCUGUGGAGAAGGAUAACUCAACCUUGGACAUCUUUGAGAUCGCCCGUAGAUACCGUUUGGAGACCAUGGAGUCGGACUCCCAAGAGGACGAAGAAGAUGAAGUAACCGUAGAAAAAGAAGUCCAACUUAUGCCCUGCAUGCAAAACCGCAGUAAGGUGGUCAAGAAGAAGCGGACAAAGAAGAGAAGUCAAGGUUAUGAAAGUGACGAAAGUGGGGAAGAACGUGAGUUCUACUCUCAGCAACGGAGGGUCUCACUUCUUCCACCAGAAAAGGACCCUAAGCGAGCAACACCAUUUACAUGGAUGGAUGAUGAUGAUGCCGCUCCAAAGUCGACCCUGAAUCAAUUCCAGAAACUAACCAAUAUGGUCAGGGCAUCGUCCACACUAUCCAAUGCCUCAUCCAUCAGGGGAGGCUACUCCAAAAGCAGUCGACGCUCCACGCCUGUCACACCGAAAUAUGAAUUGAAGUCGAAAAAGUUUGAAUUUCGUAACGAUCUAGAGACACCAGACUCCAUGCGUGGGGUGAGGAGACUUACCAACUCUGGUGGGGCUCAAAGCAGGGAGCGGUCAAAGUCCUUCAAACUGACCAACAUGGUUGUGGAUGAGGAUUCAACUGACGUCAGAUACAAGGACCCGUCGGGUAAGCGAGGCAGUAUGCUUGGUUUGAAUGAUAUGGACAGUAUUCAGAAGCUCCUUGAGGAGGACUGGUUCUCUGACAUGAGGGGCACGCCAUCCUUUGAUAGUAUCAUGCAGCGUCUGCUCACCCUCCUCGACACUGACGACCCUGAUCUCCACUCCAAGAUCUGUGAUUACAUCCUUGACCUUCACAAGGACUUUGGUAUACCAGACAUGUACCUUGACAGAAUCAUCCACAAAUUGUCCGCACAGCUAGGAAACUCCACUCCAGUACCGAUAAACAAUCUCCGUACCCUCCAACAGAUCGGUGGCAACCGUCCCGAUGUUCUGGCCACCUUGUUGCCACGCCUCAUCGACAGCCAGUCAGAUGUACGAGAGGAGAUGGUGUCCAUCUUGGCAGAGAUGAUAGGGGUCAAUAACAAGGAUGACCUACUGCAGUUGAUGCAGGACAUGGGCUUCAAGAGCAAAUACAACAGCAAAGAGGAGGAGGAGGAAGCCCUGAAGGCUCUAGCGACGAGGCUGGACAUCCCGUACCGGACAGAUAGCUUCACGGACUGGAUUUCCAACUGGGUGGACGAAUCCUCUUCCCUCUUCCAUGAUGAUGCAGACCUGAAGGAGGGAGACAUCAGUAAGAACUGGGAUGGACGUGCCGUGAGAGUCGUGCCCGAGUCCCUGUGUAUCACCGAGACAUCCAGCAGGGCAUCCAACAGACUCCGGGAGCUCACCAACAUCUCCGACAAAUCUCCAUUGCCUCUGUUGGAGAAGGGUGAUUCCGUCUUAACUGAUAUCACAUUCGACAACAUAACUCCGUCAGAACUGGACAGUCGGCUGACCGACUGUACAGAUGGAGAGGUGACCACUCCAGACCGGGCACUGUUGGGGGCCAGAGGUCCAGUCCUUCUGCUUGACGACAAUCCGUUCCCUCUUCUUGACGACCCUGACCUCCACCGACCUUCAUUUAUUGAGGACUUGGUGCAGUCGUACUUAGAUACACAGGAAACAGGUGUGGGCAUGUUGGAGGAAAUGUCGGAGAAUGAACAAGACAAAGACAUGGCGGAAUACGAAAAAAGUUCAAAGUUCAAAGAGCAGGUCAAGAAGCGAAGAAGUGAAGGGAGAAUGGAGAAAUUUAUUGAAGAGUCAGACCUUUUGGAGCCUUCUACUCCAGACAUGGGCCGCAGACAGAGAAGUGGUAUGUUUGAUAUUAACAGAGAGACACAAGAUGAAAUUCCUACAACUCCCAAGUCACAGAAGGCUAAUAUUCGGAAUUCACUGUCGGAUGAGGAAGAAGAGGAAUAUGACGGAUUUAAUCCAAAGGACCCAGCGAUGUAUGGCUAUUACAAGAAGAGAUACCCCGCCAAUAUCAGACCAGGCAGUGGGAGAAAGUUGUAUGGAGAUGAGUUUGGAGGUGUGCCCAGCAGAAGAUUACAGCAGUUUGCCAAGAGAGGAGGAAAGGACGAAGAAAUGCUGGCAACAGACAGCAGUCACCGUGACGAUGGUACUGAUGUGGCCAUCAGUGUGUCAGAGGUCGGAGAAAAGGCGGCAGACACGACCCUAGAAACAAUGAGUACACAGGAUUCUGGAAUAGGAAAGGAAAUAUCGGAGAUCCUUAGUAGCAAAUCUGGAAUGGAGAUGGCUGUCAUUAGGAAAGGUCAACAUCGACCAAAACAAGGCUGGCCAAAGCAUUCCUUAUCACCUGUCAAGUCGGCAGGGUCUCUCUGUCCUUCUGGGCUGUCCACUCCAAAGGGACCAGAGAAUGAUAAAGAAUUGGAUCUUUUUACACCAAAAACGAGACGUAAUAAAAACUGGCAGCGUUUUUUCAAGACGUCCACAGCCCAGGAGAGGAAAAGAAUGGAGAUGGUGAAGCGAGAUUUUGAUACAGGGAAGGUCAAACAGAGCAACGGCCCGGCCGUCAUCCAGUACAUCGCCUCUGACCUGCCCCUACUGCCGGGCGAGGCUGGACUUCGCCUCCUCCACACAGUCAGGGUGGGCAACAAGGGUCCAACGAUUGAUUACGACGGGCGCCACCGAGUGGAGUCCAUUCCUGGCAAACUGAUGGUGCAGACAAAAAAUGAGGACACUGGGAAAUCCAAUUUUGGGAUCCUUCAAAUGCAAUGGACAACUGGAGUGCCUGUGGCUACAUCUGUUGAGGACUACCUGCAGUAUCGUCAAAUGGCAUCGGGGCAAUCAGAGCGUAGCCAAUCACAUUGUACAAAGUCAUGUGACACCCUUACAGAGAAAUCGUACGCAUCUGCAGGGUUGCUGCCUAACCUUCAGAGUUUGAAACAUUCAAAGAAAAAGAAAAAACAUGUCAAGGAGACCCAAUUAAAUUUGCCCCGGCUACACUCACGGACAACCUCCCACAGCCAUGAUUACCAGUGGGAACGUCCCCUACCUCCACCGCCCGUCCGCAAAUCUUCAUCACAGUCCUCUGAUGUCAAGAAACAGCACGAUCAUUACUGUAAAUACUAUGACCUCACCAAGAAAAAGAUGCAACAGUACACUUCCUCAAAAACAAAAGACUUGUUGCUACCCGAGGUUGUCAUCCGAAAUGCUCUCGGCGCUUCACCGAAGUUACAGAAAUCCUUGACAAAGUUAAGUAGAGGACACAGCGUCCUUCUGCCUCCAAUAACACUGAACCAACUCAUCCACGUGUCAAACACCUAGAAAAUGAGGGCAUCAUUGUGUCAACCAAAAGGAUCAUCAGCUCAUCCACGUGUCAAACACCUAGAAAAUGAGUGCAUCAUUGUGUCAACCAAAAAGAUCACCAGCUCAUCCACGUGUCAACGUACAUUUUGUGUUAGAUUACAGUUGAUCCACGUGUAAUCCACAUGGAGAAUCACCUCAUCCACUAGUCAACCACAUAGGAAGUGGAAAGUGUGUGGAAUCGGUAGAUCUGUCUUCUUGUGGUGAUGCGUCCAUUUUCAUUAGCUAUAUCAAAGUAGUUGUUUUUGUGUAAGAAAUUAAUAUCCAACCACUGUUGGCUGUAGUUAUUCAUGUGGUCUAAAUGAAUUUGUAAAGAACAUGUUACAUCAAAUAUGUAGAAGGAGUCGUUACGAAAAUGUAAAUAUCUACAAAAAAUGACUUCAAUCUGCCAAUAAACAGCUGAUCAAAUAUCAUUGACACCAGCAGAGUGUUGACCCUUUCACCCCUAUGUAACUUAAGUAGACUCUAUCAUGCAUUGAUCUGGAGGAGUCCAUUUUGGUCUACAGUGGUGAAAGGGUUAAUAGAACAGGAUAAAAUGAUAUUGUGAAGAAAGAAGGUUGUCUCUUUAAAUGGAAUGAAAAUAUCAAGUAAUCAAUGCAGGCAUACAAAUUGUGUGCAGACAAUACCAGGAAUAUUCUUUCAAGGAUUACAACUUAAUUCGGUGAAGGAGCUGUCCAGACCUUACUGAAAACAACUUUUUUAGAUAUGAACUUACCUAGUUUAAUACCCCUAGAGUUCCGAAAACUUUAGAAAUGGUCCCUCAAAGGAUAUUAACUUUUAACUUACUCCACUAAAACAGAUUUCAACUUUCUUACUAAAACAUACCAUAUUUCAUCUUACUCCUUAAUUUCUGGUGUCCAGGCAGUUUUUAUUAUCAGGAGAAUAGGUUCUUUCUUCAUAGCAUGUGUUUUCGCUUUUAUUGUACAAUUAAAUGCCUGUCUUAAAGCAGAUUUCGGUUAUGAUGUUUCCGCGACCACCUCCUUUCAUCGAACUGAACUGAACUAAAAGCUGAUCAGUAGCAAGAAAACUGCAGGAUUUGUUUGAAACCUUAUUAAAAUAGUGACCUUAACAAUUUGCAAUGUCAAACCGUAAUUACUAUUUAGAGUUUUAUAUGUUUUGAUAAGUUUGGGCUAAUGCUGGACAUUAAGCUUUAUAAUAAAAUUGACGUGGUCUUAGACGAAUUCUCAAGUCUUCCAUGCUACAGUGUUAAGAUAAAACUGGUAGGUCAAAGGUGCACGUUCCUAGACAGAUAUAGGCAACGUGUUUGUUCACGAUUCCUGUAGCUUACCUCUAACUUGAGCAAGUUUCCAAUAUUAUUCUGUAAGUUCUUUUGGCGAAUAUUGUGCUGAAAGAAGGGACCUUUUUCAUAACAACGAUUCUUGACUUUUGUUCUGUGCAAUUAAUUAUACAUGCGUCCAUUUUACUUCUGUGAUAAUUUGAUAAUGUUGAAGCUAAGAUCGAUAUGUUAUGAAGAUCAUGUAUUCUGAUAACCUGAAGUAUUGUUUCAUUCUGUGUAAUGAACAUUGUUUUUUAUUUGUUUUGUUAAGUUUCACAACGUUAAUAACAAAAUGUGAUAAAUUGUCCAUUGUAUAUUCAAAAAACUAUUUACUUACGAUAUUUCAUUACUAAUCUUUUUAUAGAUGUGUUUUAAUGAAUAUGCAAUGUUCAUUUUGUUACUAAAAUAUGAAGACUUUUGGAAAUGUGUGAAUAUUAUUUAAAUCAUGAUCAUAUUUAAGUCACUGUAUAAAGUUUUACUUAAAAUCGCUUCGUUUCAAUUUAGUCUAAUAAAAUAACGUAAUAAGAAUUGAUCAAAUGAAUACUUGUUUACAAGUAACGGUAGAUAGUUUGAUAUGAUAUUGUAUUUAUAGUAAUGUAAAUAAAGUAUUUCCUGACAAAUCAGUUGUGUUUAUGAUGGCUUUGUAACUAAAUUACACUUGUAUACAAUGUAUCCCAUAGAACACAGCUGUCUGAACAGUUUUAACAGUAUUCUUUUUAAGGAUUGUGUG